UGUUAAUUUCUAUUGGUCAAUGGGGGUUGUGGGAAAAUUGAAAUUAACGUUUGAAACAACUGACUCUGGAACCUUAUUUUGGUUGUGUUGAAAACUUCUGCAGCUGCUGUUUGUGGCCAUACUAUGGGAGAUCUUCCAGAAGUCCAGAUCACUCCUGAGACUCCAGGGAGGGCAGCUAUCCGUAACCCCUUCGAGAGCCCCAACGACUACCAUCGCCUGCAAGAAUCCGUGGUCCCCAGCCCCUCUGUCUUCAAGUCCUCCAAGACCUCCGCAACCACACCAGCCAAGUUUAAAUGGGACAUAGAUGAGAUGUCUAGCCUGCUUCCUGUGGACAUAGACGCUGAGGAUAUCCACCGCCAGUCCAUGUAUCUCAGUCAGACCAGGAUGGAUUCUGACAUCGAGGAGAAACGUCAGAAUGCCAUCGAGCAGUUUUUCACUAAAGGCGCCAUUGUGCCUUCACCAUGGACCGAACCAACAAGCAAACAGAAAUCAGCACAGAUGCAUUUUGGGAAGAGUUCCAUGUCCCCACUGAUACUAGAAGAGCCACUACCAACUAAAAAAACCACAGUAGGCUGCCAGACAGUCCUGUCCUUACCUGUGGACUUCCACCUGGACAAAAUAUUAGGAGAAUACUACAGAUUGAAGGAGGUGUCUCAGCAGGAUCAGGUUCAGGAGACCCUGAGCUCCUCGUCUCUGAGACGGAAGUUGUUUCUGGACGGCCAAGGGAGUGGCUCAGAGUCCUCCAACCCCCCCAGCCCAGAAGGAGGAGGAGGGGAGGGAGAGCCCCCUGGGGGAGGGGAUAGAGAUUUCCUCUCACCCAUGAGUGCCUCUCCUCUGUCCUGCCCGUUGUCUGGCAUGUCUGCCCUGACCCCCUCCACUGGUCUUUUCUCGUCCAGCCCUAUCCAGGGUCGUUACCGAACCUACAGCCUGGGAAGUGUCACCAGCCCCCUGUGCCCUGAGCGGUCUUCUCCUGCUGGCUUCCAGUCCCCUGCCCUGUCCCCCAUCGGGCCCCAGUUCACACAGACACCCAUAGCAGGAGAGAGGAGGAAGCUGAGCUUCGUGACCCCUGAAGGUGUUCCCCUAGACAUGGACACCAACUCCUGUACAGAGAGCCCCUAUGUAGACGGCUGUUCCCCCAUCCGCUUCUGCUCCUCCCUCCAGCCCCCGGGCCGGACCCAGGUCAACCCUCAGCUCAGACCCGGAGCCCGCUGCUGGGCCUCACCCCCAACCAUCUCCCCCAACCCUUCCCUCCUGGACCAGGGCAAUAUGUGUCCUUCUACUUCACUACCACCCAUGGAGAUGGGCUCCUGUUCCCCCUCUCCGGUGCCGUGUGUACCCAGGACCAGUGGGGGUCUGCUGGGGAUGGAGAGGCUGUGUGAGGGGGGUUCGGGGAUGGACCAACCUCUGUUGGACUCAGUGAAGAUGGAGGAGGAGGGGGUGGAGGAGAACGGCGAGGUGGAAGUGGACCUCCCUGUGGAAGAGGAGGAGGAGGAGGAGGAAGGAGGUGUGACUCCUGUUGGUGUCCGGUUGACCAGCUCCCGUGUGGGGGCGAGCGUGAUGGCAGCGGAGGCAUCUCAUAUGUUUGUGUCUCUGCUAGCUGAAGGAAGCAGCAUCCCUUAUGAUAACAGCAUGCAGGUGGACAGUGGGUACAACACAUACGCUGGCACCGCCAGCCUGAUAGAUGCCAUGAGUUCAGACAGCCAGAGUAAGGAGUCGUUUGAUGCAGCACACAACCCCGACGAGGUCUUCCCUCACAGCAGACACACUAAGACCAAGACUGUUUUUCCUCAACACCAUUGAGUGAGCUGAUUGGAGGAGAACACAAGGAAGCCCCUCCCAGCUGAAGCCAAUGAUGAUGUUUUGCCAUGUUUUAAAGCGGCCGUGUCGGGGUGUAUUCAUUAGUCGGAUUCUGUUGGAAACCCUUUACUCUAGACAUGGAACCUACCUGAAUUUGUCCAAUAGAAACAAACUGUUGCCAAACGCUUUUGUUUAGAGUGAAUCGUGUACUGAAUAACACCCCGGCUAAGUGACAAUGUUUAGAUGCCGCCAUUCACACAAAUGAACCUUGAAAUGAAUUCCUAUUGGCGCUAGCUAUCCCUCGUAGUGGAGUUGAAAUGGCAGCCUAUAUAGUGCACUACUUUGGAGCCCUGGUCAGUAGUGCACUACGUUGGAGUCCUGUGGGCGUUGGUCAGUAGUGCACUACGUUGGAGUCCUGUGGGCGUUGGUCAGUAGUGCACUAUAUAGGGAAUAAGGUGCUGUUUUGGAAAACUUAAGUGUUGACAUGAACAAGGGACUGAUGAAACUUGACUUUCAGUUAUGUAUUUAUACAUUUUAUAUUCUUGUUGAUUGUGAAUUUAGCAUUAUUUUUUUAUCAGUUAAACAAUUACGGGAAUGUGAAUUGUGAUAAAGGGUUUUUAUUGUACAUUUUGUUAUAAAUAUUUGUAUAACUGCAGAGCUCCCCUUUAAACAAAGCCACCAUCUGAACAGCUGAUUUAAA